CCCUGUUGGCAAUCCCGGCCUUGCUCUCUUGUUCCUCCCUCCCUCUCGCUCACUCCCUUUCCUCACUUUACGCGUGAGGCUUUUGAAGCUUGUCUGCACUUGCACGUCAAGCGCGAUGUCUGCGCCAGGUGGGGCCCCCAGCCCUGCUCCCCGAAGUGGAAGUAUGGGGCCCGGUGGUGGCAUGUCUAUGCCUCCUCAGCAGCCCAUGACGAACACCGGGCCUGUCACACCGGGUCCUCCUGCGCCGCCGCCGCCGCCGCCCGGAGGUCCAAUGUCGCAGCAGAACUUGAAUCAGAUAGUAAGUGAUUUCAUUGCUAGCACGGCCCUGGUGUUGCUUCUACGGUGUACUACAUGUUUCAUUGCGUCAUGUCCCUGCUGUCCUUCCUGUCUGGGAUUGAUAGGAUGAGGUGUUACUGUUUGCUCUUCCGAGUUCGUGUCAUGUUGACGCACUUGGCUUGGGAAAAGCAUGUGGAUUGAUUCCGAUGCAAUUGUUCUUUGCUGGGGCUCUGGGAAAGCCGGCUUCUGCCUUUGGCCCUUCUCUUUGUUGUCUGCGGUUACUGUCGGUUAUGCUGGCGUAUAUUGCUGCUAUGCAUCAGCCAGAUAUCUUAUGGCCUUUGCUAACGUAUGCCAGGUCAUUGAUUAUCUUGCCAAGAAGGGCUAUAGUCGUACGGAGGCUAUGCUUCGUAUUGAGUCGGCUCAUCAAGAGAUUGAUGGCCGACCUCCUAUGCCUCCUCUUGGCGAAGAUGCGCGACCCAAGUACAAGAUGGGCUUUGACUUGCUCAAAGUCUGGGUUGAGGACAACUUGGAUUUGUACAAGCCCGAGCUGAGACGUGUUCUCUGGCCGCUGUUCGUUUACACUUUCAUCAACAUGGUGUCUUCCUUCAAGCCCCAGGAGGCCAAGCAGUUCUUCGACUUCAAUAAGAACCUCUUCUUGCCUGAGCAUACCGAAGAUGUUCGCGCAUUGGAACCAAUCAGCUUGCCAGAGCAUGUGCAGGCCAAUGGGACCGCCAAGCUUUAUCGCACGAACAAGUACCGUCUAGUCUUGAGCAAUCCGGCCUUCUCGAACCUGAUGCAAUUCCUGGAGAGCAAACAGAAAGAGGGCGGCUCGGACAUGACCGCCAUCUUGAGCAGUUAUUGUACUAUUAUCACCAAAGAGCGUACUGCCGAUGACAGGUUCAGCUUCGCAGCCAUGCUGGGCCAAACGGAUGGCCAGACAUUCCCAAGCGAAGAUGAAGGAAUUCCCGGACACCAUCCUGGGUCGGCAUACACCGGAGACAACCCUAACAUGGCCGGAACUCUGCCCAGGCUGAAGCUCGGAAAGCUUCCUUUAGAGCAGACCCUUGAAACCGAUGUGAGAGGCGAGCUCGCAGAUGAAGAUGCCAGACACCCUCCCGGGCCUGGGCAGAACACCCUGAUUCAAGAGUUUGACCAGAUGAUCAAGAAGGAAGAAGAUGAUGAAGCACCAACUCGCGCUGAUAUCCCUUAUCCUCCGUCGACUGCUCGCGACGUGGCCAUAGAGGUUCAAAAGGUGAAGGAGAACCGUGACCGGUUCAGGAUCGAAGGCAGGACCGGUGGUGUGGGCCCGGCAGUGAGCGUGUGCAUGUUUACCUUCCACAAUACUUACGAUGGCGUCAACUGCUUGGACUUUUCGGAUGAUCUUAUGCUCGUCGCAGCUGGUAUGCAAGAGUCAUACAUCCGGGUCUGGAGCAUGGACGGCAAGAGGAUCCAAUCCACUUAUGACACCGUGGACGACAAUGCAGUUUCCAACUCUCGUCGCCUGAUUGGACACUCCGGACCAGUGUACGCGGUUGCAUUUGCGCCAUCAAUUACCCGGGCAGACAAUGCCGUGGCACCGACCAACGCUCGUUGGCUGCUCUCAUCCUCCGCAGAUAAGACCAUCCGCCUCUGGUCCUUGGACCUUUGGCAGUGCAUGGUUGUUUACAAGGGCCAUGACCAGCCGGUUUGGGAUCUCCAGUGGGGUCCCUACGGCCAUUACUUUGUUUCUGGUGGACACGAUAAGACUGCCCGUCUUUGGGUCACGGAUCAUAUCCGCCAGCAGCGGAUCUUUGUUGGGCACGACCAAGACGUCGACUGCAUCUGCUUCCACCCGAACUCCGCUUACGUCUUCACUGGCAGCUCCGACCACACAGUCCGCAUGUGGGCGGUUACCACAGGCAAUGCAGUCCGCAUGUUCACAGGGCACACUGGCAACAUCACAGCCUUGGCGUGCAGCCGAGACGGAAGACUUCUUGCAUCAGCAGACGACCAUGGAUCCAUCCUCCUAUGGGACCUUGCACCCGGCAGACUCUUGAAGCGCAUGCGCGGACACGGAAAGGGCGGCAUCUGGUCCCUAAGCUGGAGCGUUGAAUCGACAGUUCUAGUAUCUGGUGGCGCCGACGGUACUGUCCGCGUAUGGGAUGUCACAGGCCCCGCACAAGACCCUUCACAAGGACGCGUCGUCGGCGAAGGCGGCGCCGGAACCAAAGUUGACGGCAGCAACCCACCCGCAGCGAGCACGCAGGCCCCCAGCGCCGUAGCCCCAGGAAUGGGCAAGAAGAAGGGCAAAGACGUGGUGGUGACACCUGACCAAAUCAGCGCUUUUCCCACGAAGAAGAGCCCGGUCUACAAGGUGAAAUUUACGAAUAUGAAUUUGAUCAUUGCUGGGGGCGCGUAUCUUCCUUGAGGGGACAUAUAUGCACAGAUACCCGUUUCUUCUUCCGUUUUUUUCUGUUCUGCUUAAUCCGAUAUCCUGGUGAUUCAUCUGCAUGAUAGGUCUUUCUGACAGGAUACUCAGCGGCAUAUGGCGUCUAGGGCAUUGAGGGUGGCAUUGGUGUUGGUGGCGGCGGCAUUGUAAUUAUGAUUUACUCUGGACUAUCUAAACGGUACCCAGAGACAGCUGUGUUUGAGUAUAGCUAGCUAGCUAGGCUACCUUUGCAUUACAACCAUACAUACAUACAUACAGAUUUUUCGUCUACGAA